GUGAUGCUAAGCUCAUUACUACACGCGCCACCACUCUCUUCCCUCUCCGCCUCUCUUCCCCGCCUCUUCUCCACGCGCGCUGCCAUGGCCGCCACCUCAGCUCGAAUCGCAGUUGUCGGCGACGUCCAUGAUCAGUGGAAUCUAGAAGAAGACACAAAAGCGCUUCGAUUUCUGCAGCCGGAUUUGGUGCUUUUUACAGGUGAUUUUGGUGAAGAGAACAUUGAACUGGUUCGGAGUGUUGCAAAUCUUGAAUUUUCUAAAGCAGUUAUUUUGGGAAACCAUGAUGCAUGGCAUACAAAGAAGUUUUCAGGAAAGACAAAAGACGGCGUUCAACUUCAGCUAGAAUGUCUUGGCGAGGAACAUGUAGCUUAUCGACGUUUGGACUAUACUACAGUAAAACUGAGCAUUGUUGGCGGACAACCUUUUUCUCAUGGGGGAAACCAGUUAUUUCGGAUGAAGCUUCUGUCUGCGAGGUAUGGAUUCUGGAUAAUUGUGUGUUAUAUUUUUGGACGUGCUGUAGUAAGAGUGUGA